GGUGGCGGUGGCGGCGACGGGAGCAGGUUAGCCCGGGCCGCCCUACUCUGCGGGCGUCUGGGAAACGCAGAAGCACUGGUCAAGCCGGCCGCUCCUGGGGCCAGCUCCUCCAGGCGCUCGCAGGCAUGCAGCCCGGGAGCAGGCGGCGCGCCCCGGGCCGCUACUAAGUCCCUAGCUGCGGGGACCAGCGCCAGCCGGGCCCCUCCCACCUCGCCCAGGGGCCCACGAGAGACCGCCCUACACCUUGUCUCCGCGCGCGCAGUCCCGCCAGCGCCACCCCCCGCGGGCUGGAGGGGCUCAUGCAGCCGCCAAGGGAGAGGCUAGUGGUAACAGGCCGAGCUGGAUGGAUGGGUAUGGGGAGAGGGGCAGGACGUUCAGCCCUGGGAUUGUGGCCGACCCUCGCCUUCCUUCUCUGCAGCUUCCCCGCAGCCGUCUCCUCCUGCAAGAUCCUCAAGUGCAACUCUGAGUUCUGGAGCGCCACGUCAGGCAGCCACGCCCCUGCCUCUGACGACGUGCCAGAGUUCUGUGCGGCCCUGCGCACCUACGCCCUGUGUACGAGGCGGACGGCCCGCACCUGCCGGGGCGACCUGGCUUACCACUCGGCUGUCCAUGGCAUAGAGGACCUCAUGAGCCAGCACAACUGUUCCAAGGACGGCCCCACCUCACAGCCACGCCUGCGCACACUCCCGCCCGCCGGGGACAGCCAGGAGCGCUCGGAUAGCCCAGAGAUCUGCCACUAUGAGAAGAGUUUCCACAAGCACUCAGCUGCCCCCAACUACACUCACUGCGGCCUCUUCGGGGACCCGCACCUCAGGACCUUCACAGACCACUUCCAGACAUGCAAGGUGCAAGGCGCCUGGCCUCUCAUCGACAAUAAUUACCUGAACGUGCAAGUCACCAACACGCCUGUCCUGCCCGGCUCUGCUGCCACCGCCACCAGCAAGCUCACCAUCAUCUUCAAGAACUUCCAAGAGUGUGUGGACCAGAAAGUGUACCAAGCUGAGAUGGACGAACUGCCGUCUGCCUUUGCCGACGGCUCCAAAAACGGUGGAGAUAAACAUGGGGCCAACAGCCUGAAGAUCACAGAGAAGGUGUCGGGCCAGCACGUGGAGAUCCAGGCCAAGUACAUCGGUACCACCAUCGUGGUGCGCCAGGUGGGCCGCUACCUGACCUUCGCGGUCCGAAUGCCCGAGGAGGUGGUCAACGCUGUGGAGGACCGUGACAACCAAGGCCUCUACCUCUGCCUGCGGGGCUGCCCGCUCAACCAGCAGAUCGACUUCCAGGCUUUCCGCGCCAACGCUGAAAGCCCCCGUAGGCCGGCAGCUGCCAGCCCCUCUCCUGUGGUCCCCGAGACAUUUCCAUACGAGACGGCUGUGGCCAAGUGCAAGGAGAAGCUGCCUGUAGAAGACCUGUACUACCAGGCCUGUGUCUUCGACCUCCUCACCACCGGCGACGUGAACUUCACGCUGGCCGCCUACUACGCCUUGGAGGAUGGCAGGAUGCUCCAUUCCAACAAGGACAAGCUGCACCUGUUCGAAAGGACUCGGGAACUGCCAGGUGCGGUGGCUGCAGCAGCGUCUCCCUCGGCCCCUCAGAUGCUCCUUGGCACCGUCACACUCCUGGCCCUGAUGUCUGUGUCUUGGUAGACAUUUGGCCACAUAGGAUGCCGAGGAGAGUGUAGACUCUGCCCCGAGCCUUGGGCUCCCGCCUCUGGCUUCUCCUUUGUCUGAGAGCCCAAGUGGGCAUCAGGGCUCGGCCCAGCAGGUGGGCUCCCCGUGACCCCAGUGUUCUCUGCAUCAUUCAGCAGCAGAGGUGGCCUCUGGCUGAUGGCCUGUACGUGGUUCCCUCAGAGCUGUUUUGGCCGGGGCUCAGGGCCUGGGACGGCCCUCCCCUCUCUCUUAGUGCACGAGACAAGGUUGUGCUGAUUGAUGGUGUGUUUUUGUGACAGUAAAGUUGUGUGAGGGGGAGAGCAGCUCCCUCCAUCCCGACCCCACCGUGUGAAUGUGCGAGCCAGAGCCCCCUCGGCUGAAGUCCCACCCCCCCCACCACCACCACCAGAGAGACACUGGGAAAGUCAGCUCCUCCCACACCCUCACAAUGCACUGAGACAGGCCCCACUGACUGCUGCACGCCUACUCUGGGGCCUCCUGUGCCCUCCCACACACGCGCACACACUGUUACACAAGCACACUCACACACUAAGCCCGCAGGGAAACCCCGUGUUAGUGGGGCUGAAACAUCUAUGUGGUCCUUUUCCCAGGCAGGGCCCCCUUCACGGUCUGACACCCACAGAGCAGAGGGCCCUGCUGAGCAUCGUUAGCAAACGGAUGUAACCCUGUAGCCCGUAGGCGGCGCCCUGGUACCUUCCUGCCCAGCGCCACAGACUGCCCUGUGCGUCCAGCUACCGCUGAUGUGAGUUCGAGGUGCCGGAGAGCCCCACAGUUGAAGGGAGGGUGUGUUUUGGCCUGAGGUCUAAGCAGUGCUGCUCCUGGGCUCAGAUUCCACCUCUGGCUCCACCCUCUGCCCCUCUCCCAUUGCACUUAAGAAAUCAAAGUGCUCGCUUCUGAAUGUUUCAACAGAGACGUGAUCCUCCAGCUCCUGUCCCCGGCCCGCAACACCCCAUCCUCCCCGCCAGCAGACUUAAGAGUCGCCCAGAAGGAGCGCUGGAGCCUCAGGGCAUGAGCAGCAGACCCAGCGGAUAGGGCCAGCUGGACUGCCCCAUCCUCUGCUCUCUCCUCACCUGCCUCCUAGACUUCCCCGGCUGCUGGUCAGCAGCUCCAUCCCACCCCUCUCCUCUGGAUUUCUUUGUGGCCCAAAAGCAGCAUGUAAGAGGCCCAGCAGGGUCUCCUCCCACUAGAACCUUUCAACUCUGGCCACGAGGCCAGAUGCCUGCCACUGGGAUCCUAAGUCUCCUUCAGCUCAAGGUGAGCAUCCAUCCAUGGAGCCCAAAGCCAUUCCCAUCUCUGCUGCUGUUCCAGAGGCCCCAGAGGUACCAACACUGUGGUGCAGCUGGCCCCAUGGGCCACCUAGCCAGCAGCCCUACAGCCCACCCUAGCCCUGCUCUGCUCCCCAGGGACCUCUCAUACACUGGCCAGGAGGCUGCAGAACCUGCCUCCCCCUCCCAGAGGUCCUGACCCCUGCCAAAACCACACGGGGAGCUGGGAGGGGUCAGCUCAGCCCCUCCUUCUCCCUGCUGGUUUUUUUUUUUUCUUUUUUUUUUUUUUCUUUUUUUUUUUUUUUUAAGCUAUCCCUAUGUUGGAAGUAAAAAAAAAAAGUUGAAGCACUUUAUUUUGGUUGUGUUUGAUCACGUUCUGCUUGGAAGUGGGGACCCCUCACUGAGUCCACAUGUCUGCGACCUGUGUGGAGUGUCACUGCGUGUACAUACUGUAAAUUAUUUAUUAAUGGCUAACUGCAAGUAAAGUUCGUUUUGUUUUGUUUUGUUAUUUUCUUUUA